GGAAGUACAGCUAGAGCUGUUCCCGGGACCUGGACGCCGCCAGCCAGACCUGCGAGCCAAGAAGGUGCCCUCCGUUUGCACAAAAGCUUUGGCUGCAACCGAACGAUCUGACUCGGCGACGACGUGUGAGCGGCAGGCCCGGCCCGAAGAUCCUGCCCGCGCGCCGCCGGCUGGAAGGGCCGGAGCUUCCCUUCCUGAAGCGCCGCGUCUCUUUUGUUAUUUAUUGAGGUCGGGCAGGAGGAGGCGGAAGCGGCGGACGCGGCUUUCCAGCAUAAUUUUAAAUAUCAGCACAAUUUAGCGUGAUAUACUAUAGAUCUGCAGAGCUUUGUUUUCUUCCCCACUCCCGGGGACCGUGUUUUUUCUAACGCAUUUUAAUUUUCCUAGGAAUCUUUUGGUCUUUUGACAAUUAUUCCGUCCUCCUCCAUUUCUCGAUCUUUGAGAACUCGAUCGAGUUUUGAAAAGGACUCAGAACUAUUUCUAGCAAUAAUACAUUUUACUUUUUACUUCUUUUAUUAUAUGCGGAUCCCUUCCUCUCCUCUUCCUCCUCUAAUUUAUGUCUAAGAUGUUCUCCUCCUCGCAUUUUAUUUCAGGCGCAAAAGGGGUUGGAGGCGUUUAAGGCAAGAUUCUCCUACAAGAUGAUGCUGAGCCCAGACCAGGCCGUGGACUCGGACCACCCGUCGUCAGCGCCGUCCGACCCGGAGUCCCUGGAGGCCAAGGGGCUGCGGAGCUGCUGCGCCUCCGACUUGGAGGCGCCAAAUGGCGAGGGCGCAGGAGGCGGUCGCUCAGCGGCCCAUCCGCCGCAGCCGCUGAGCCGUGAGGAGAAGCGGCGGCGCCGUCGAGCCACGGCCAAGUAUCGGUCGGCCCACGCCACGCGGGAGCGCAUCCGCGUGGAGGCUUUCAAUUUGGCCUUUGCCGAGCUGCGCAAGCUGCUGCCCACGCUGCCCCCGGACAAGAAGCUCUCCAAGAUCGAGAUCCUGCGCUUGGCCAUCUGCUACAUAUCUUAUCUCAACCACGUCCUAGACGUGUAGGGCAAGCGCCGGGGGACCAGGGCUCGCGGGGAAGGACGGCAGGCACGGUGGACAGGCCGCCGGGUCCCUCCGGAGCCGUGGCCGUCGGGGCUGGGCCUUGCAGGCAGCGCUCCUUCCCCAGGUCAACCCCCUCCCCGAGGCUCCUUGUCUUGGAGGGAGGGGCGGUCUCGACCUGCCCCUUCCUUCAGCUCCCUCCCUCCCGCCUCAACGUUUCCCCACGAUAGGGUCCCCUUUCAGCAAAGUUUCGAGAACCCGGCGGAAGCUCGGCUGGAGACCCCUUGGCUUUAAGCUCGUGCCUUAAAGGGCUUUCCCGACUCAGGCCCGAAAAGAGAAACUUGAAAUGGAAGUUUUCCCUCCGGGGAUUUGGACGGAGAGUUGACUUCCCCCGGGCCGCUCAAAACAGGAGCACAUCUUGUGUGGAAGGUGGGGUUCUUUUUUUACGAAACAAACAGAGUGACAACACAGACUGUCAAGUGCCCCCUUUCUUUGUAUCCAAAAAUAAUAAAGAUCUCAUUUACUUGUGACCUUAAUGUAUGGCCCAUGAGUGCAGUUAAAAAUAAUUUAUUUUUUAAUUUAAGUAGCAAAAGUAGAGUAUUUUUCCCCCAAGACAAUUUUUUAAUUUUUGAGGGUGAUUAAGUUUUUGCGUUGAAGACUUUGUGCCAACUGGGUUUCUAUAGUCAAGUGUUUACAUUUUCUUCUGUGGAAUAAAUGUCUGGUUCUGGAAGUGUUCAUUGGAAACCAGAUUGUGGUUUUCAUUUUGCUCUGAUUUUAUUGCACCAAUGCCCUCUUUUUAAACGUAUUUUAUAUAUUUGGGCUUGUCCUUGAUAACUUUUUAUUUAUUUUGUGUGUGUGGAAUGAAAAUACUAGCAGUUUACUUGAAGAUUUUAUUUUCAAAUAGAAAUUAAAAUGUUUGUUGUUAUUCUGAUCUGUAAUUCUGUCUAAAGACGUAUUUUGGAAAUAAUUGAUAAGGGAAUAGUUUUGUUUGUCUGUCUUUGUGUGUGUGUAUUACAAAUUUUCCAUAUAAGGAAAAAACAGGAGUACUUUCUUUUAUGACAACCAAAAAAAUUGCAAGCAGAAAAUGUUAUAUGCUGUUUUGCUGUGAAAUUUUUAAAAAGUACAUCUGAGUCAGGGGAGAGAACAUAUCUGUUAUCCAAAGAUUUUAGUAUUUUUCAGGGUUUUUUUGGUGUGUGUGUGUGCGUGUGCGUGUGUGUAUGUUGCUUUGUAUAAAGCAAUAUUUUGUAGUGCAAAUAGAGAAAACUGGUUUUUAUCCAAACUUUUUUUCAUAUCUC